GAGACUUGUUAAGUAUUACAAACAUUGAUCAGGCGGUUAAAAAAGAAAAUUGGUUGUAAGUUGUGACCAAUUAGUCAAAGACUAGCAAGGAAGCUUGAGAGGCGAUGAGGAUGAAGACGAUGAUGAUGAAGACCAUGACGAUUGGGAAGGUGUGGAAAGUACGGAGCUUGACGAGGCAUUCAGUGCUGCAACGGCUUUUGUUGCGGCUGCUGCUUCGGAUAGGCUUUCGCAGAAAGUGUCGAACGAGUUGCAGCUUCAGCUUUAUGGAUUGUAUAAUAUUGCUACAGAAGGAGCUUGUACUGCUUCACAACCUUCAGCUCUCAAAAUGACUGCUCGUGCUAAGUGGCAAGCAUGGCAGAAAAUGGGUGCAAUGCCAGCUGAUGAAGCCAUGGAGAAGUACAUCGACCUUGUGACUCACUUGUACCCAGCUUGGGUUGAAGGUGGCUCGAAAGGACGGAAUCGUAGUGGUGGUGCUGCAGGAUCCAACUCUAGAGCACCCAUGGGACCGGUGUUUAGCUCAUUGGUGUACGAAGAAGAAUCCGAAAAUGAGAUGAAGAUUGAUGCGAUUCACGCCUUUGCUAGAGAAGGAGAAGUGGAGAAUCUAUUGAAAUGCAUAGAAAGUGGCAUACCACUAACCAGUAAAUGCAAGAGAUAGUGAAGGCCGGACACCGUUGCAUUGGGUUAUAGACCGUGGCCACUUGAAUGUUGCUAAAGCUCUAGUUGAUAAGAACACCGAUGUCACGUAGAAAAGCAAACUUUGUUGACUUGUUACUCAAAGGAAAGUGUAUGCAUACCCUUCAGACCUAUACACUUGUUCUGCUGGGCAAUGCUCAUUUAACAAUCACCCGAAUUUCAG